AUGAUGGAACUUAAGAAAUCCUGGCCAUGGACAAAGAAAAUUCUCGUGAUCGGUUGCCUCCUAAUUUUGAUCUUAUGGAUUCUGUUGAAAGAGAAUUCAUGUUUAUUCGGUCGAAUAUCUCGAAAAAUGGCUCUCCACAGAAUAAGAUUAUCGGCGGCUUCGAAUCAAUUUUUGGGACGAGUUUCCGAACAUGUAAAAGUCGAAGAAAUUCCACUGGAUGAUUUCAAUUAUCAUAAUUAUGGAGUUACGAAGGUUGAAGUUGUUUCCCUGUUGUCAAGCAAUGAGAGCUUUAAGGAUAUAAUAGACAUCUCUCCAAAAUAUAAAAUAAUUCGUCAACAAGGAUUAAUCCCAAAUAGACAGCUUCCCAGCGCUCUUAUAAUUGGGGUGAAAAAGGGCGGAACUCGAGCACUUUUAGAAUUCUUACGAAUCCAUCCAGACAUAAGAGCAGCGGGUUCAGAGGUUCAUUUUUUCGACCAUCACUAUUCAAAAGGUUUUCAUUGGUACCGACGAAGAAUGCCGCCAACUUUGGAUGGGCAAAUUACAAUGGAAAAAACACCCUCUUAUUUUGUGACUGCCGAGGCUCCCAGACGAGUUCAACACAUGAAUCCUGGAACGAAACUGAUUGUCGUUGUUCGAGAUCCAGUAACGAGAGCAAUUUCUGAUUACACGCAAGUGAAAACUAAACGAGUGAAUAUGCCGAAAUUUGAAGAUUUGGCAUUUUUAAACGGAUCGCAAGUAGUUGACACGACCUGGGCUCCUCUGAAAAUUGGCGUUUACGCAAAACAUUUGGAUCGAUGGCUGCAGUAUUUUCCUCUUUCUCAGCUACUUUUCGUUUCUGGAGAACGACUUAUUGCGGACCCAGUUUUCGAAGUGACGAGAGUUCAAGAUUUUCUUGGGAUAAAGAGAGUUAUUUGUGAAAAACAUUUUUACUUUAAUGCUACGAAGGGGUUCCCUUGUCUUCUCAAGUCUGAGGAAAGGGCCACUCCUCAUUGCCUUGGAAAAAACAAAGGUCGAAGUCAUCCAUUCAUAAAUCCCGCUGCAAUUCAACGUCUGAGAGAUUUCUACAGACCAUUCAAUCAGCGAUUUUACCAGCUCACUGGAAUGGAUUUUGGUUGGCUGUAA